AUGCCGUUCGCCGGGGCCGUCCCCUUCACGGUCCUUCUUCUCCUCGCCGUCUUCUCCGCCGAGGAGCAGCCGUUCAAAGGCCUCGUGCCCGAGAACCGGAGCGUGGUCUUUGCCGGCAGCAACAUCACCGCCACGGCCGGCGCGGCGGCGAUGUGCUACCGAAGGAGCGGCGUCGGCGAAGAGGCCAAUCCGGGCAAGACGGUCCUCGACGUGGCCCCGCUCGCCGUGUGCCCUUCUCCUGCAAUUAGUAAGGGGUUGAGCGGGCGAGCAAAGGCAUGGUGCUGCUGGGGCCUCGCCGUGGCGAUGACGAUGGUCGUUUUCGUUGUGUGGCCAGAGACGUUCAUCGUAUCGCCCAUAGACCCCAACUUCACCGGUGAUGACGCGUCGGUGGUAGAUGGCGACGGCGACCGCGAGCUCUUCGACUGCGCCAUCUGCAUGGAGACGGUGCCCGGCGUCCUCAAGUUAAGCGUCGGCUCGUGCGGCCACGCCUUCUGCUCGAGCUGCGUCGUCCAGUACGUCGCGGCUAAGCUGGGCGAGAACGUCGCCUGCGUCAAAUGCCCCGACCCCGGCUGCAAGGAGGGUGCCGUCGAGCCGGAGAGCUGCUUCGGCAUCCUCUCCUCGGACCUGCUCGACAAGUGGGGUUUCCUGCUGUGCGAGUCCUUGCUCGGCGCCAAAACGGUGUACUGUCCAUACAGGGAAUGCUCAGCGCCUCUUCUCGCCGACGGCGAGGCCGGUGCGGCGGCGAUCGCGGAGGCCGAGUGCCCGCACUGCCACAGGCUGUUCUGCGCCCGGUGCGCCGCUCCGUGGCACGCCGGCGUCGGGUGCAGGGAGUUUCAGGAGCUCGGGCAGGACGAGCGAGGCCGGGAGGACCUCCUGCUGAGGACGCUCGCCGGACGGCAGAGGUGGCAGCGGUGCCCCAAGUGCAGGAUGUAUGUGGAGAAAUCGGAGGGAUGCAACUACAUCAAAUGCAGGUGUGGAAACAGCUUCUGCUACCGAUGUGCAUCCAAGGUGUCCGCGCUAACCCAUUACUGCAACAAGUGCAAGCGCUAG